UGUCCCCAAAUUGUCCCCUCAGUCUCGGACCUGGAGGCCGCCCUGGAGGCCGAGAAGAUGAAGGAGCCGCCACCAACAGCGGGUUUUCUGCCCUGCUCGCGGGGUUGGGAUUUUUUUGGGAAUUCCUGUUAUUUCUUCUCCGACGUCGCCGCCUCCUGGGAAAAUUCCCAAAUUUUCUGCCGGGCCCUGGGAGCGGAGCUGCUCCAGGUCGACGAUGCCGCGGAAAAGCUCCACGUCCAGGCCCAGCUCCGGGGCCCCUCCUGGAUCCGCGAGCUCGACCCCAAAUCCAGUUUGGAGAAGUGCGGGGCCGUGGGGCCGGACGGGCUCCGGGCCGAGUUUCCCUGCGGGACCCCCCUGAGCUGGGUGUGCGAGGAGCCCCUGUGAGCCCAAAAUCCCGGGAAUUCACCCCAAAUCGGGAAUGCACCGAAAAUCCCGGAAUUCACCCCA